AUAACCUACCGUGAAACGUCACUUUCAUUCCGUUUCAUUUCACAGCAGUUUUGCAUUUGCUGUUGCUCGAUUUCGAAAAAAAAACAGUGUACGUAAUUGACUAUUACUGUGCGAAAGAACCACAACAUUAACAGCAGUUCGGAGCGCAGUUGAGUACCGUGUUUCUAAGUUGUGUUAUUGCUGACUUUUGCAUUUGAACUACCUACGCCCAUUGUGUUGUGAUUCAUCCAAGUUGAAGAAUAAUUCUUGCCUUUAAUUCACUGACUAUUCAAGAUACUAUUUAAGAUAUCCAUAACUAUGAGGCAAUGUCAACAAUAAAUCGCUACCAAACUCAUAGAAUUGAAGUCUCGUAGUUAACAUUAUGAGAGGUUCCCUAGAUGGGAGUGGUGAAGGAGCUGGGGGAUUAUCGCCCUGUGUUGGAGCGCCGAGAAACAAAAAGCGAUUUCCUGGUCGUUGGUCGCUACGCCAGCUGAUCUACUCUUCGCCAUUAGCCCGAAGACGAAGUUCAGGAAGCGGAGUCGGAACAUCAAACAAAGUUUAUCGGAAAGUUGAUCAUAAUAACACCGUUAAAGAUUCGGUGGAUGGAAAAUCUGCCCAUACAUCGAAAGAAAAUGAUAAGCAUCCUGGAGAAUUGCUUCGAGCUACUAGCAAGUCAUCCAUGUAUGCAUCGAGUACAAAAAGCGGAGACGGUGGUAGUCCUGCUAUUUGGGAGUGUCCUUUAUGCCUAGCUGAGCUCACACCAGAUGAUUUUUGUGAAUUGAACGCUUGUGGACAUAGAGCGUGUAUAACGUGCUUCCAACAUUACUUGCGAGUAGAAAUUACCGAAUCCAGAGUGUGCAUUUCUUGUCCAGAAUGUUUGGAACCAAUGCACCCAAAUGAAAUCAAAAGUAUCCUGAGCAACCCCGCAUUAUUUGAAAAAUAUGAAGACUUUAUGGUUCGAAGGGUACUGGCGGUUGAUCCAGAUACUAGAUGGUGUCCGGCUCCGGAUUGCAGCUUUGCCGUGAUAGCUUCUGAAUGCGCUAGCUGCCCGAAGUUACGCUGCGAAAGACCUGGGUGUCACUCAUACUUUUGCUAUCACUGCAAGGCCGAAUGGCAUCCCAAUCAGACAUGCGACGCUGCACGUGCUCAGCGCUCGCCCAACUUACGUUCUUCGUCGGUGGCGUACAGUCAGGACUCUCAGCACAGGGAUGAUAUUAAACCAUGUCCCCGAUGUCAGGUUCUGAUUGUGAAAAUGGAUGAUGGGUCUUGUAAUCACAUGAUGUGUGCUGUGUGUGGUGCUGAAUUCUGUUGGCUGUGCAUGAAGGAGAUUAACGAUCUACAUUUUUUAAGCCCAUCAGGUUGCACGUUUUGGGGCAAGAAGCCCUGGUCAAGGAAAAAGAAGAUUUUGUGGCAGCUGGGCACUCUUGUUGGUGCACCAAUAGGAAUUGCUCUUGUCGCUGGCAUCACUGUACCCGCAAUGGUCAUUGGGAUUCCUGUUUGGGUUGGAAAGAAGCUUUUUACCAGAUAUAGAACUGCAAAUAGGCAUAAGAGAAAUGCUGCUAUUGUAGGAGGAGUAAUAGCCUCGGUAAUGAUCACACCGCUACUCGCUGGUUUAGCCGUGGGUAUUGGAGUACCAAUACUACUCUUUUACGUAUACGGGGUUGUACCUGUAUCCUUGUGCAGGAAUGGAGGUUGCGGGGGAUCAAGCGCUAGUGAAGAACUUUCAACACCUGCUCCAGACACAUCCUCAGUGGAUGCGAUCAGCACUAAGGAGCCGGCCAAUCCUAGCAUAGGAGAAGUUAGUCUUAGUUUGGCAUCUGGAAGUCAUAGAGAUGCAGAUAGAGAAAGCGCUAGCACCGUAGCACUGGCAGGAAGUUUGCAUCAGGCGGCUCAACGAUUAGAAGUCCAAGCAGAUCUGGCUUCGGCGCAGCGCUUUAGUUUGAGCAGUUUGACGGAAUCAGUAAAUGCCAGUAUCACUUUGGAUGAUGGAGGCGCUAGCGUUAGAGCUCUAGCCGGUUCGUUAAUGAAUUAUAAGCAGGUGAAUGGGAGUGAUUCUUGCAGCUGCUUAACAACUGAAGAUGGUACUUCAGAGCGUGUCCGUUUCGAUGACAAUGUGAGUUUUAUAGCGGCAAAUCAAGCAGAAAAAACUAGCAUUGGAAGUAGCUGCAGCUUUAGAGCUCGUUGCUCAAAAUCCAAUAUGGGUAAAGCGUCACCCGCUCAAGAUACCCUAUCCAACGAUAGUAUUUACAUUGACAUGGACGAUAAAACGCCCCGCAAGUUCUCAUCACAAGCAGCUGCUCUACGUUCCCAAUUUUUUCACUCAAUAAAUGAGUGCAAGCCGGCUAGUAAAAGCUUGGACGAUAAAACCAUUAUAGAGGUAUCCAAUGAGACAUUGGACAAAACGAUGGUUCCAGUUAUCAAAGAAACUAAAAGUAUCGUUAUUUGCCAGCUAAGACCAGCUUCAGCUUCGUCAAUUGUCAGUUUCAACGAUCAACUUAAAGUUGAUGGUUCUUCAAAUAAAAACUGCUCUAGCGAAAGCUUGCACAAUUCGUCGGUACCGUUGAUAACAGAGUCACAAAAUAUAGUCAUUCGUCCGGUGAAGAUGUCUUCUACAAUUAUGCAUGAGAGUACCCAGCUAUAGUUACCCAAUUUAUUGGAAGACUGAUACGUAAUUAUAAAAAAUAAUCGUAUUUAUUUUUAAGAAUGUAAAUUAUGGCUUACGGAUUAUGUUUGGCAUUGUUUCUUGUCCAGUAAGGGGCAGCUAUGAGAUCCUUUAAUAUGCGCAUUGUAAUGAAGUUCCAUUAAAUAUUUACAUACCAUAUUUUUAUAAUAUUUUAAAUGUUUUCUUUUAGAAAUCUUCAUUUUUAUUUUAACUUUACUGUUAAAAUCUUCGGUUUUGAACUUUAGUAAGCCUCCUUGUAAGUCCUAUUUUUACUAUAACCAACUAUGCUAUAUAUGAAAGAAUCCCAAUAAACAUAACUGGAAAAUGUC